AUGUCCCGACCCCGCAUCACCAUUGAUACUUUUGCCCGAAACUCAGCAGAACGCUUGGAUGGUCCUUCGACAUAUUUUAUCAACAAAGCCAGCCGUGGAAACGACGAAGCCAAACGAGAUCUAGCUAAACUUUCAACUACACGUACUUUAUACAUUGGUAACUUAUCUUUCUAUACAACUGAGGAACAAAUCUUUGAACUUUUCUCCAAAGCUGGAUCUAUAGCUCGUAUUAUCAUGGGUCUUGACCGUAUUAAGGGUACUCCAUGUGGAUUCUGUUUUGUCGAAUAUGAGUCCCAUAGAGAUACACUGCAUGCUUUACGAUAUUUGCAAGAUUCAUACUUGGAUGAACGCGCAAUUUCCAUCGACUUGGACUCCGGAUUUGUCGAGGGCAGACAAUACGGUCGUGGAUACUUUGGUGGCCAGAUCCAAGACCAAGACCGGUCUAAUGACGAUCCGUGCCGUGGCGGUUGGGGCCAGCGAUACUAUAACUAA